AUGUGCCUUAGCUUCUUGCUCGUCACUCAAUUUCUCUGGAGUGUCAGUGACCAUGGGCGAUGGCUACUCGGGGCCGUGCUCUUGUUUACUAAACUGUGUGAGAUCCUGGAGAGAAAGAGAUCGCCUGCGUCGACACACAGAGCUCCUACGACAAGGGGAUCUGUUCAAGCGAAGAACAUUCACCUUUGGGUUCGGCACCGGGCAUGAAUCCACCGAUGUGCGGCUGAAGCCAGAUUUCGACACGGUGCUGGCGUGGAGAAAGAAGAGCGAGGGGGACAAGGACAAGGACUGGCACGAGAUCGAUCUCAACGACAUCAAGACUGUAGAACCAAAAGGUUCAGCAAGUCUCGUCAUGUCUUCCAAAACAGGGGAUCUUUUAUUGGAGUUGGAAGCUGAGAACGGGAGCGUUCGAGACAGUUGGGUGGAAUCGCUGCAGGCGGUGGCAGAGGAUGUGCGGUUGAACCCGCAGGCGAGGAUGGCGCAAAAGAGCGUAAAGGAUAGAAUGAAGGACCAGGCCCAGCGGCAGCGACACUUGGCGAAAAGAACGAUCGAGAUGCAGCAAACGAAGAAGGACGCCGAAGCACGCAAGGCUCGCUACUUGAAAGAGACGGGAGGGAUGCAAUACACUGCCUUGGCGAUGGCAAAUCGCUCUUAGAGACGCCCGCCUCGAGACCGUAAAAACAGGCACCUUCUCUAGCGGAGGGAGCAAAGUGUCGGGAAAAUAUCCCGUGUUUUCUAGAAGCAUUCGUUUGAAGCAGCAUUCGUUUGAAGCUUGAUUUCCCUGUAUUUCACUUUCUAUUGCUUGGGUGACGGUGUUUAUGUUCAACGUGCUUGUUUCUACGAUGACUCCGAGGGAAAGGGUUGAUGGUACGAAGUUUCUCUACAUGACGUUGACACCAGGAGCAGGCCUAAGUACAUGUUGCCGGUCAACAAGGGAGACAGGCAUGGAGAGUAACGUCCGCAAGAGCUGUAGCUUUUCGUGAUGCCUGCAGCACUUGGCGACCAGCCUACCGAACGGAUGGAAAAUUGGCGAAUAUAAUCUACAAAGAGC